AUGUCAUCCUCUGUUCACUUCAAGUUCAAAUCUCAAAAAGAACCCUCAAGGGUGACUUUUGAUGGCACCGGUAUCUCUGUCUUUGAAUUGAAACGCGAAAUUAUCAAUCAGAGUAGACUGGGUGACGGAACUGAUUUCGAGCUGUCCAUCUACAAUGAAGACACCGGAGAAGAGUACGAUGACGAUACCACAAUCAUACCUCGUUCGACAUCUGUUAUAGCACGGAGGCUACCUGCAUCGCGACCUGGCAAAGGCGGUGCUACUCGUUACGUAUCCGGGAAAAUGCCUAUAAAUGCGCGCAACGCUCCUCGUAAUGACCAAGUUUCAUCGAGCCGAACAAUGCCCAACCCGACUAAUACAGUUAGCAACGGUGUCCUAGAACUUAACAAUGCUCAGACCGAAGAAGAGAAGAUCAAUGCGCUUUUUAACUUACAGGCUAAUCAAUGGAAAGAGCAACAGCAAGAGAUGGCUAAUGCUACACCUGUUCCGCUUGGUCGCGGGAGAGGAAAACCAAUAAAUGUCCCCGACCACCCUCCACCUCCUGGAUAUCUUUGCUAUCGUUGCCGUGAAAAAGGUCAUUGGAUCCAAGCAUGCCCAACCAACAAUGAUCCCAAGUUCGAUGGCAAGUACCGAGUGAAACGUUCAACUGGUAUACCUCGUUCUCUGCAAACAAAAGUCGAAAAGCCGGAAUCGCUCACAAUAGAUGGCUCCAAUGAAGAUUUGAAGAAUACAGGCGUUAUGGUUAAUGCUGAUGGUGAUUUUGUCAUCGCUAAACCAGAUAAGGCGGCUUGGGAACUGUACCAAGAAAAAGCUAAGGCUUCGGCGGCGGCAGCAGCCGAAGCUGCAGCCGCAGAAUACAGGAAGGAGUUGCAAGCACGUGGGCUAGAGUGCCCAAUUGACAGACGGAUGUUUUUAGAACCCACAAAAACGCCGUGCUGCCAAAGAACUUACUGCAAUGACUGUAUUACAAAUGCAUUAAUUGAGAGUGAUUUCGUCUGCCCUGGGUGUGGAACAGAAGGUGUCCUGCUGGAUAAUUUGUCUGCAGACGACGACGCUGUCAUCAAGAUUAAGGCUUACGAGACUGAGAAGUUGGAUUCGAAAAAAGAAAAAGAGAAGAAUUCGGCAGCUCAAGAGAAUCAAUCAACCAACAAACCAUAUGCCUUAACAGACGAUUCAAGUAGAAAAACAGAACUAUCGUCACCAGCCUCACCUGGGGCAGGUUUGUCGAAAUAUUCCAAGAAACGGCCUGCAGAGGAUGGUCCUCUUGGCGAAGCCGCCGAAGGAUCAAAUCCGUCUUCCACGCAGAAGAAGCAGAAAGCCGAAGAUAACCCUAAGUCGAUCGAGACUUCGUCUUCACAAGUUAAUGAUGCUUCAUCUGGGUUUCAGUCUCUUCCUUUCGGCCAACAAAUGCCUUUUGGCGGAUUCAAUUUCAUGCAGGCCCAGGGCAUUCCUUCAAUGGCUUUCCCUGAUGCUGCAUUCGCUGGAGAAGGGACGGGAUUUAUGAACUCGGCUGGCCUAGCUUCAUCCGAUGCUUUCACUAACAAUAUAAGCCAAACUUGGAAUCCUAUGGGCGGUAUGAAUUUCAAUGCGCUGUCAAGUGGUUUAUAUGGUGAUGGCACAAACGGUGCAGUCAAUUCUGGGUACGGCGCUACGAAUAUGUUCAAUGGGAUGGGUGACUCUCCAAUGAACAUGUUUCCCAUAGCUCAUAUGGCUGGGAGUAUGCAGCAGAGCUUAGGUUUCCCCCAGGGACCAAGUAUGGGUCAUUUCUCAAACCAGCAGCGGACUACAUUCAGCACUCCGUAUGCCCGCGAAGAAGAUACGGCGUACUUCCGCCAGCCGGUUAAUCCACAACGACAUCAGGCAAGAUAUAGGAGGAUAAGGCCGAGUGAUUAUCGAGAGCUUUAA